AUGGUGAAUUUGGCGUCUGCAAAUCGAGAAGCCCUAAUUGCACAAAGCAUCUGUGGAACUGUGUUAAAAGGAAACUGGAAAAACAUUCUAAAACGGAAACUUGAUUCUGGAUUAUUAACAUCAGCGAUAAUGACGCAGGUAAUCUCCGAGCUUUCUUUGUAUUCUGGUUAUGGUGGACCUUCUCUUUCAUGGAGUUUCUUUAACUGGACUGAUUCGUUUCCAUGUUGCAAACAUACCUUACAAUCAUCUUGGAAAAUGAUUCUGAUUCUUACAGAACACAAGCAUUUCAAAACCGCACACCACCUGCUCGAUAAAUUGUCUCAGAGAGAGCUUUUGUCGUCUCCUCUGGUUUUGAGAUCUUUGGUUUGUGGUGUUUCUGAAGACCCAGAAGUUCUUUCUCACGUUUUUAGCUGGUUGGUGAUAUUUUACGCUAAAUCUGGGACGAUCAAUGAUUCCAUUGAGGUGUUUGAGCAUAUUAGGAGUUGCGGUUUGAAGCCUCAUUUGCAGGCUUGUACUGUGUUACUGAAUAGAUUAGUGAAAGAGAGAUUGACUGAUACAGUUUGGAAGAUAUUCAAGAAGAUGGUUAAGUUAGGUGUUGUGGCUAACAUUCAUUUGUAUAAUGUAUUGGUUCAUGCUUGUUCUAAAUCCGGUGAUCCUGAGAAAGCUGAGAAACUGUUGAGCGAGAUGGAAGAGAAAGGUGUGUUUCCUGACCUUUUUACUUAUAACACGUUGAUCUCGGUCUACUGCAAGAAAAGUAUGCAUUACGAGGCUUUAUCAGUGCAAGAUAGGAUGGAGAGAAGUGGGGUUGCUCCUGAUAUCGUCACGUAUAACUCGCUCAUACAUGGGUUUAGUAGAGAAGGUAGAAUGAGAGAGGCGACGAGGAUUUUUCGGGAGAUCAAAGGCGUUGUUACGGCCAACCAUGUUACUUAUACUACUUUGAUUGAUGGAUACUGUAGAAUGAAUGAUAUAGAUGAAGCUUUGAGGUUACGCGAGGUAAUGGAGGCAAGAGGGUUUACUCCUGGAGUUGUGACUUACAACUCGAUUCUACGUAAGCUAUGUGAAGAUGGAAGAGUAAGAGAAGCUAACCGUCUUUUGACUGAGAUGAGUGGGAAAAAGAUAGAACCUGAUAACAUCACCUGCAAUACUUUGAUCAACGCAUAUUGUAAAAUCGGAGACAUGGUAUCUGCAGUGAAGGUAAAGAAGAAGAUGAUUGAUUCGGGGCUAAAACUGGACAUGUAUUCAUACAAGGCAUUAAUUCAUGGGUUUUGUAAAGUGCUGGAACUGGACAGUGCAAAGGAGGAACUGUUCUCUAUGCUAGAGAAAGGUUUAUCUCCAGGAUAUUCGACUUAUUAUUGGCUCGUGGAUGGUUUCUAUAACCAGAACAAGCCAGAAGAAAUCACAAAACUCCCAGAGGAGUUUGAAAGAAGAGGUCUUUGUCCUGAUGUUGCUCUAUACAGAGGAUUAAUAAGAAGGAUUUGUAAGUUAGGACAGUUGGAUUACGCUAAAAUGUUGUUCGAAUCAAUGGAAAAGAAGGGUUUAAUGGGAGAUAGCGUUAUAUACACAAGCAUGGCGUAUGCGUAUUGGAGAAUAGGGAAGGUAACUGAAGCUUCUGCUUUGUUCGAUAUAAUGUAUAAUCGACGGUUAAUGGUAAACUUGAAACUGUAUAAAUCCCUCAGCGCCUCUUACGCUGGUGAUAAUCAAGUGUUGAGAUUCUUUUGGAGUCAUGUAGGUGAUAGAUAUCUUAUAUCGAAGAGUAUUUUACGGGAAAUGAACAAAAGCGAGGUCUUGUGA